CGUCCCGCGCGUCGGCGGCCUCGAAGCAGCGCGGGGAGCCAGGCCGGCGGCAGGCGGGGUGUGAAGAGGAAAAAAAAUGACACUCCAGUGGUCGGCAGUUGCAACCUUUCUUUAUGCUGAAAUAGGACUUAUCUUAAUCUUCUGUCUACCUUUUAUUCCUCCUCGGAGAUGGCAGAGGAUCUUUUCAUUUAACAUCUGGGGUAAAAUUGCAAGUUUCUGGAAUAAGGCUUUCCUUACUAUUAUAGUCCUAUUGAUUGUUCUGUUUCUGGAUGCUGUAAGAGAAGUAAGAAAAUAUUCCUCUACUCCUGCCAUUGAAAAGAGUUCAACCAGCAGCCCUAGUGCCUAUGAACAUACACAGAUGAAACUUUUUAGGUCUCAAAGAAAUCUUUACAUUUCUGGAUUUUCAUUAUUUUUUUGGCUAGUGUUGAGACGUCUGGUCACCCUUAUUACUCAGUUGGCAAAAGAACUGUCAAACAAAGGAGUACUUAAAACUCAAGCAGAAAAUACCAACGAGGCUGCCAAAAAAUUCAUGGAAGAGAAUGAAAGACUUAAACUGAUCUUAAAAGGAAAGAGCAAAGAAGAAAACAUUUUGGAAAUAGAAAAUAAAAAACUAGUAGAAGACCAGGAAAAACUGAAAACUGAAUUAAAGAAGACUUCAGAUGCUCUUUCUAAGGCUCAAAAUGACGUGAUGACAAUCAGGAUGCAAUCAGAGAGACUUUCAAAAGAAUAUGACCGACUCCUAAAAGAACACUCGAAACUUCAGGAUCAUUCAGGAAAAGGUAGUAAGAAAGACCUGUGAAGCUUAUGAGAGAAGAUUGUGAUACAACGUGUCAAGAUGAUAAAU